AUGUUGGGGGGAAGCGAGGCGGCUCUGGGGGCGAUGAGCUCCGGCAUCGGGCUCACCGACGGCGGCAGGUUCGACCCCAGGCCCCCCGAAACUCAGGUGACCCUGAGUGCGUCUGAAGCGGACUCCGAGUCCGGGGAGGAGGAGGACGCGGCGUGUUCGGGCGGGGAAAGGAGGGGCGUGAAGCGGGAGAGAGCCGAGCCGGAGGCCGGAGCAGCGGCAGCGGGGUUCAGAGCUGCGGGCGGAGUGGCGGGAGCGAAACCGGGGAAGAAGACCCGCGGACGGGUCAAAAUCAAAAUGGAGUUUAUCGACAACAAACUGAGACGCUACACAACUUUCAGCAAAAGGAAAACCGGCAUCAUGAAGAAGGCGUAUGAAUUGUCCACUCUGACCGGUACGCAGGUGUUGCUGUUGGUGGCCAGCGAGACGGGUCACGUUUACACGUUCGCGACGCGAAAGCUGCAGCCAAUGAUCACCAGCGAGACGGGAAAAGCACUGAUCCAGACGUGCCUCAACUCUCCAGACUCGCCCCCCCGCGCCGAUUCGUCGUCUGACCAGCGCAUGAGCGCCACCGGUUUUGAGGAAACUGAUCUGACCUACCAGGUGUCCGAGGCAGAUGGCCUGUCGGAGCCAAAGGACCUGAUGAAAACGCCCUUCACCACAGUGAAUGCGUCCACUUGUAGCACCAGCACUACCAGCCAGUCCUCGCCCACCCAGUCGGCCUCAUCUUCUGCCGCUCUGCAGACGCAGAGCACCGGCCCGCCACUCACCAGCGCGUCCUGUUGGCCAGCGGCAACAAGCAUGAGCUCCCAGAGUGCGUCCAACACUAACGGCACGGUGCUGAAAGCAGGGGGCGCUGCGACCGGUGUGGUGCAGUUACCCGGGGGAUUCGCUCUGAUGUCCGGUGGUUCAGUGUCUCAGCAGCUUCAGACCAUCCACGUUCACACCAGCCCCCAGAGCAGUGAGAGCGGCUCUGAGGUUACCCAGAAUUCCUCCAGCCCCACCGUGAGUCAGGCUGCUGUAGUAACGUCUGUCCCUUCCUCGUUGGCGAGUCAUGUGAUGUACCCUGGUGCGGUGAUGUAUGCCACACCCACCUCGACGCUGCCGGAUGGAGGCCUUGCGGUGCUGAACCCGUUCACCUCCUCCACCACGGCCAUGCAUGUGACACACAAUCAGCCGCAGGACUCCGGCACAGUUCCUCAGAUGUUCCUCGCAGGUCCUCCUGGAACUGUGCAGAUUCCCGUCUCCGCUGUUCCUCUGCACUCGAUGCUGAUAAAUCAGCCGCCCGCUGGCAACAGCACCACUCUGACUGAGCUCCGAGUGGUCAGUCUGGACAAUCCGAAAGGAGACUGAACUCUGAACCGCAGAUGGAUCUGACCGCACGUUCACACGGCCAUGCCAUCAGACUCAAAUUCAUCACUGCAUCUCUGCUGUAUUGGGAAUUUCAAGAACGUUAGUGUGUGAUUGUGUGAGGCAGGACAGACCAGUGCUGCCUCUCCGUCUUGAUUAUGGAUAUUAUUCCGCUUAUUUUACAUUCGUAAUGACCUGAGCUUCCCUGCUUGCACUGCUGGUGCUGUUGGUUCACACAGACACACGUGUGGUUGCGGGAGUGUGCGGUGUUGCAGACGUUUGAAUGCUUAUAAAUAGCUGAGUAUUAAGAUACGUUUGUAACGCUCUGUCUUUUAAUGAAAUGAUGAAGUGUAACAUUUUAAUAAGAGCUCACGUUUGAGUCGAGAGGACGAGCAGUGAACUGAGUCACUGUCAGUCUAUGGCUCCACACUUUGUGUCCACUGCAGGAAACAGAUUGUUUUGUGACCUGUUUGUCUGCUGAAUGGCUCGACAUUAAGAAGUGACCUCUUGUGCUGGACAUUCGGACAGUUUUUCAAAACCGAAGUGUUGAGGCUUCAUUCUGUUCAGUUUAAAUUUGUGCCAAACUUCAGUGUCUUUUCCAUUCUCAAAUUGAAGCUGCCUGUCUUUGGAUACUUUCAGUGCUUGAAUGAUUUGAACGAUCAGAAUAUUAAGCUGCAUUUCUACCGUAUAGUACGGCUCAGCUCGGCUCGGCUCGACUCCACUCACUUUUGGUACCUGCUACUUUGUUUUCUACUGCAGAUAGAGCGCCCCCUCAAUGUAGUGACCCCAAACGAAGCUGCCAUGAUGUGAAGGGGGCGAAUUCUAUUCAGAAGAAACGGCGGGGGGGCUACAUCAGAGCCUAGAUGAUGAGAUGAUGCUGGGGUUUGAAGUGGUACAUGAUUUGCCUGGAGAACAAAAAAAGUGGAGCUGGUUCUGUGCGGUGGAAAAGCGGCUUUAGAGUGUCCGUCAUCAGUCAUGUGAUGAGAACGUCAGUCUGCUGCUGGGGGAAGUGAAGCGAACGCUGUCCGACGUUUUUAUCGGGUUUCCUCCUACAGCUGUGAUGAAUACUGUCCAUCAUUCAGCAGGACUUCAUAAUAACGGCAUCAUGUGACUGUAGCUGGUACUGAACUCACAAAAAGUGCAGCUGCAUCUGAUCAGACUGUUCAAUGUGCACCAGUCAUUUAGAUACGCACUGUUUGAAUACAGGGACUUUCUUUUUUUUAAACAAAUACCAUAAAUUUCAUUCCUGCAACGGAGGCUCUUCAGUAGGUUUCUGUGCCGAUUUGCAGAGAGAUCUUCAGGCUUUGUUCACUGGUGGUUGAUAUGAAAGGGCUUUAUUUUACUUUCUCAGUACCUCAGACUGACCGUUUCAGCUUUACUGAAUACUGUAAUUAAAUAACUUAGUUGUUUCUGAAAGACACUGUAAACAUUAGGCUUGUGUCUUCAUUCUUUUUUUUUUUUUUUUUUUUUUUUAAAGAGCUUUUGAAACUGGGCUGUAAUUUCUCCUCGAAAUGACUAAUGAUAUUAAUAGUGUGUCUUAAAAGAUGCACUUUUUCCAGUUGUUAGGUUUUAGAAAGUCCAGGAAAAAUAUGUUUGUGCAUUGGAGCAGCAUUUCAUAUUGAAAUGGAUAAAACCUUUUAAAAUUUGAAAUUUCAGUGAAGCUUACAGUGUAGUGAUUUAUGAGCUCAGAUGUGAAGCUGGUACCUUUUUAUUACUGUGUGGAUAUUAAUGAGACACACUGUACACCAUAAAACAAUACAAUUGAGUGAGCCAAAAUUGAAAUAACCCUUUAAUCCACAUUCUGUCAGAAUAGUUGUUCAUUUAAACCAUUUAAGAAACUGAAAAAUCCAAAGUUGAGCAGCGGAAGUGUCUGAAGAGCUGAAGAAUGGACUGAUCUGUUUUUUCCUCGACAGACAGAAGUUUUUUUUUCUGCCAGACGAUUAAAGUGAAGCAUCUGUGAUGUUCGUAUGAAUCGGAGGAGCCAAGCAGAUCUUCAGGAACGUUCUCAUCUUCUUCAGAUUCUGUAGGAAUGUGAAAAUCGGCCGAUCUCAGUGUUUGAUCUGUUAACUGAGGAUUCAGACUCGAGUCUUCAGCGAAGUGAAGGUCACAUCUGAUCGAGCAAAGAUUCAGCCUCAAGUUUCUGUGUUGAUUAACUGAAACGAACAUAAGAACACACUUAAAAGAUGGUUCUUCAAGGGUUCUGUAAUAAAGAGAGUGCUUCUAUAUAAACCCUUGUGCUUUGUAUGAUUAAAGGGUUCUCUGCAUGGUUCUGCAGAUUGAUGGAGAAUGCACUUUAGAUGGUUUCAUGUAAAACAUUUUUAAAAAGGGUUCUGUAUAGCAUCAUUGUUAGGUGGUGUUGGAACCUUUAUUAUUAUGUCAAGUUUGACACAAUAGAAGAAAUCUUGGUUUUAUAUAGAAUCUUUGUCUUUACUAGAGAACCCUUGAAGAACCAUAAUUUUUUUGUGUGUAUUUUAAAGUAACAGAAAACGAUGGAAAAACAAGUCUGAAGUUUGAUGCUGUCUGUUGGACACGAUGACAUUUCCUGAAAGUGUUCAGUGAAUCUGAGAUGGUCAGUCAGAAGGUUCUAGUGAAUCCAGUACAGAACCGUGGAUUCAGCCCCAGCAUAAAGAUUGAUAUCACUGUCUAAUCAGGUUUGUGUUCUUGCCUGCUGAAGGUGUAAAUACUGUUUGUUCAUUUUUGCAGGUUUUGCUUCAUGACUCCAGUCAUGGCUCUGCUCUGUGUGGAUGUUGAGCCGCUGAUCAGUGUUUUCCUUUAGCAGUAUUUCCAAAGUUCAGGUCGCUGCAAGUGAUGAAAACCAGUUUGUUAAUAAAAAAAUAAUGACGUAAAGUGUAAAAUGCGGUGCAGGUACGCAUAAUGUGAGUCUGACGAAAUGGAAUCAGAGCGAUAAUCUGAACCACGUGACUUGCACAAUGGUGCGUUCAAUAAGGAAAGUUGUUUCAACAUCGCAGAAAGUCUCCUGUGUGGUCGCGCUGCAGUGGAGACUGUCAGAGAUGCUCCACUUUAAUGGAGGUUUGAUUGUAUUAACGAUCUUCUAGCUCAGCCUCCCGUCACUAAGAUUCCUGCUGGUCUUACGGAUUUCGAGGAGUCGACUCAGUGAUUGAGUUGAACUCUAGUUUUAUGAGUAAAGUCAGGAUCUGGGUUAACGCUGGUUCUGCAGCAGGGGGCGCUGUUCUGAACAUUGUCAUUAUGUAACGAGCGUGCAUUUCAGGUGGGGAGGUGAGGGGGCCUGUCUCUCUAUUUCUUUGCGUUUCUGUACUUGUCUUUAUGCUCACGCACACUCUCGGCUGUAUGAAGAGUGUGUGUGUGUGUAAACACUAAAACGGCUGGAAGUAAUUCGGUGUCAACAGUUUAAUUUUUCUUUAUUCAGAUCUGACAAUCAGACGUGGCUCCAUGUGGCUACGUUUUAAAUUAAGUUUAGCGUUUUUUUAAGGAGUGAAUCUGUUUUGAGAGCUUUACUCCAGUCAGAGUUUGUAGUGGUGCACCAGUUCCGCUGUGCCAGGGAUCUUGGGCAGAUUAAUCAGGCGUCUCAUUUUUAUCAUUACAGUUUUUAAAAAUCUGUGCAAUUUUUUUAUGAUAAAUGAUUUUGAUUAAUUUCUAGAAAAGAUUAGCUGAGUACUUACAGUUUGGUUAUCAUGGCUGAUUUGAUGAUGAUAAUUGGAUGGUUCAUGUUCAUACACACUGGCUGAGAAUUCCCAAAUUUUCAAUAAAAAAAUUGUUUUUGAUUUUUGAAAACAACCUGAAAAAUUAUUUAACCACCUUGUAACUCACAUGGUUUUAUAAUAAAAAUAAUUUUGUAUGUU